AUGAAAAGCUUCAAAUACGCAAUCAAGGGCCAAUUCAUAAGGCUGAUGCCGGUGGACGACCGUCCACCAGCGACCACAUGUACCGAGGGACUGAGGAUCUGGGAUAUCCCGAAUCCCCCGCCGGUGAAGACUAUAACUUGGUUUUCAGAACGACUCAAACCGGCCAAAGUGAGCUGCCUUAAGCUCCAAGGCCUCCGUGGCCUGACAGUCUUUUGCUCACAGGGCGCCAUCUACGCGAUCCGCCCUCACUACACCUGGGGCAUUAGCGCUGCUCCUGCUCCGUCACAGGCCAACCUGCACCCAGCUGAGCGCAAGCGGCUUACCCCAAUAUUCUUCCCCUUGAGAGAUGGCGAGAAGAUUAGCGAGAUCUGGGUUCGAGACUGUACUUGCGCUGCGAGUGUGUGCCGGAAAACGAUUCACAAUGAGGCCUUGGCGAUCGUUACCAGCGAAGGCAGGUUUCAGCUUUUUGGACGAUACAUCAGCCCGCGCGCCGAGGCCAGUAACCCGCACAGUGGUCUUCGAUGGAAGCAGAUCGGCAACGCGACGACUACACACCUACUCUACACCAACCCCAUGUUCCAGUCACCACACACAGACCUCGGUGCCGCUUCCACAACGGCGCAAACCCAAAUCUCAGAAAAGAAGCCAGCCCCUCCCGCACCCCUCGUCAAAUGUCGGGGCUGGGCCAUCGCCGCACACUUUGGCUACAUGUCGGUGGCGUCUCUCCGCGGCGUCAACCAGCUCAAGCUGUUCCACGUCAGGGGCUCGCGCCGAGACGUACCGGAUAACCCUUGCCAAGGGCUUCUGCUCGGUUAUGAAGACGGGUCCCUGGCUGCGCUGGGGAACUGCUCAGAGGAGGGGGCGGACAUCGAAGGGGACGUGUACCACGACCCUCUGGCGCUGUAUCACAGGAUCAACAAGAAGGGUGGCUAUGAGAUUGUGCGGUCUUAUUCGCUCACGGAUAGCAAGGAGCCGGACUUGGACUAUGACUACGAGUGGGAAGAGAUUCCCAUGGAGGGGGAGUUGUACUGGUGGUUUGACGACCAUCGGACGCUCUUUAUUCGCCAUCAGCCGUGA